AUGGUAUCAGGUGGAGGAUUCAUUUACAUCUCUCUUGAAGUGCUCAUUGCAGUGGGAUGCUGUCUGGGCAAUAUGUUGGUGAUCUGGGCCGUGUGGAGAAGUGGAGCCCUGAACAAACCCACUUUCUGCUUGAUCGUGUCUCUGGCGGUGGCUGAUUUCCUGGUUGGGGCCGUGGCAAUUCCUCUGGCUGUGACUGUGGACAUCCACAUCAAAAUCCCUUUCCAUGCCUGUCUCUUCAUCAGUUGUUUUCUCAUCGUGCCGCUGCAAGCGUCAGUGCUCACCCUCCUGGCUAUUGCUGUGGACCGAUGUCUGCGGGUUUGCAUCCCUUUCAGGUACAAGUCUACAGUCACUAAGAAGCGCUCAUGGUUCCUCGCCGCUAUGUGCUGGAUUCUAGCAUCUGUUCUGGGCUUCUUACCCAUGUUUGGAUGGUACAACAAUGACGCACUGACACGUUACAACUCCACCUCCAUAGACUGUCAGUUCAUUGUUGUCAUUCCCAUUACAUACCUGAUCCACUUCAUCUUUGAGGGCUGUUUUCUUCCUCCGUUGGCAGCCAUGAUCGCUUUGUAUUGCUACAUCUUUUUAAAAAUUAGAAGUGGAAGAGCAGGUAUGUCAGCUGAAACCAGUACAUAUAAACAAAAGGAGCACAAACUGGCUACCUCUCUGGUUUUAGUCUUGGCUCUUUUUAUUGUUUGCUGGCUGCCGUUACACACGAUACAAUCCAUCACAUACUAUAACCAGAGUAUACAUGUACCGCCCAUUGCUUUGUACUUUGGCAUUCUCCUCUCUCAUGCCAACUCGAUGGUAAACCCUGUAGUGUACGCCUUCAAAAUCCCUAAGAUAAAGCGGGAGUACGGGAAGAUUUGGAGGAGGGUGAUUGGUCAACAGCAGCAAGCAGAUACAAACAGCAGCAGGACUCCUGCUAGUAAUACCACUGAUAACCAUGAUGGACGAGUUCAUGUGAAAAUCAGUCCACAGGGGGGAGCCAAUGACAUGACUGACUCCAUAUUACACGGUUCUGCCAGUAGGGCGCCUCAAAACACCACAGUCAAAGUCUGA